UGCUGCUGCGAGUUUUGCUCAGUCUUUCUGAGAGGUCCUUGCCGCUUGCUGUGUUUCUUUGUAAGCGUUGGUGCUUUGCUGUGGUUUUCCUUUUCAGUAGGAAUGUCCUCAACUUGUUUUGAGCACAGUAUCUCAUCUGUUGAGGAAUGUAAUGUUUCUUUUUCUUGCUUCAUCACGUACGCAGCACUCACUGGCCGUGCCUGUGCGUAAGAUGUUGGGAUGUAGUUUAUUCUGAGUGGCUGUACCUCUGGGCUGCCAACAGUUACAGUCGCAUAAUUUGUUACUGACAUUUUAUGUGACAGUGAGUAGCAGUUCACGCAAGAAUUUUAUUGUUACCAAGAUUGUGUACACAAUUCUGUUCGGUUUUUUGCAAAGAGAACUGUGCUGUCACUUUCCCGGGUGUCCCUAACCUGUUCCAUGCAACAGGCUCUUUGUUGCACAAGCGUUUUAGUUGGCACUUCCCGCAGCAGCCCGCAUCUCCCGCCCGGGAAGGUUCCCGCAGCGUGGAGCCUGUCGCUCUGAGUGCCAGCUUCGGAGGGAGCGGCGGCCCCGUCCCGCGGGGCUCCCGCGCCACUGGGCGCGCCUCGGUCCUGCGAGUGGACGGGGCUCCGCGGCAGCGCGGGCCGUUGCGCGGGGCAGGUGCGCAGCGGGACCCCGCGCGUCUUGGGCGUAGAGGGCGGGCUGCGAGCGAGGCCGGGCGGCCCUGGGCGGCGCGGGAGCGAGGCGGGCGCAGGCUGGGCCAUGAGCCGCGGCCCCACGGGGAUGACAGUGAAGUUGGGCGACGCCGCCAGCGGGGAGGAAGGGCUCAAGAAGCUGGGCAAGCGGGCGGCCGAUGAGGAGUCGCUGGACGGCGAGGGCCCGGGCGGCGCGGACGCGGCCGAGGACGGCAGCGGCACAAAGAGAGACGGGCCGACCCCGCGGGCCGGCGGCGCCCCGGCUCCCCCCGGGGGGUCGCAGGCGCCGUCCCCUCCGCAGGGCAGCCCCCAGGACCAGCACCACUUCCUCAGGUCCAGCGUGCGGCCGCAGAGCAAGAGGCCCAGGAAGGACGCGCCCUGCGCCGUGGGCAGCGGCAGCGCCAGCGGCUCGGGCCCCCGAGGAAAAGGAACUGACGGUGCUGCAUCAUCAUCAUCUGGAAACGCAUCUGGGGUUGCCCCUGCCACCCCUGCUGGGGGCUCGCGCUCUUCCUCCCGGAACUUAGGGUCUUCAGGGACUGAGAAGGAAGAAGGUAAAAAGGUCCGGCGGCAGUGGGAGUCGUGGAGCACAGAGGACAAGAACACCUUCUUCGAGGGCCUGUACGAGCAUGGGAAAGACUUCGAAGCUAUUCAGAACAACAUUGCUCUGAAGUACAAGAAGAAGGGGAAGCCAGCAAGCAUGGUGAAGAACAAAGAGCAGGUUCGGCACUUCUACUACCGCACCUGGCACAAGAUCACCAAGUACAUAGACUUCGACAACGUGUUUUCUCGAGGACUGAAGAAGUCAUCCCAGGAGCUGUAUGGCCUCAUCUGCUAUGGCGAGCUGCGUAAGAAGAUUGGGGGCUGCAUGGAUGACAAGAAUGCAACGAAGUUGAAUGAACUCAUUCAGGUUGGGGCUACCACAGUACGUUACAAGGGGCGGAACCUGCGGAUCAAAGCACCCAUGUGCCGGGCCCUCAAGAAGCUCUGUGAUCCAGAUGGCCUGAGUGAUGAAGAGGACCAGAAGCCAGUGCGCCUCCCCCUGAAAGUCCCUGUAGAGCUACAGCCGCGGAACAACCAUGCCUGGGCCCGAGUUCAGAGCCUUGCCCAGAACCCGCGCCUCAGGAUGAUUGUGGAGCUACACAGAAAAGUCUCCAGCCUCAUUGAGUUCCUGAAGCAGAAAUGGGCGCUCCAUGAAGUGCGAAUUCGGAAGACACUUGAGGAGCGACAGCUGCAGGGCUCAAGUGUGGUACAAAUGCAGGAGAAGGUGGCACUGCACCUUUUCCCAGGCGAGAACUGCACGCUAACACCACUGCCAGGCGUGGCUCGUGUGGUGCACUCCAAGGCCUUCUGCACAGUGCACUGGCAAGAGGGUGGCCGGUGCAAGCAGGGUGCCAAGGAUGCCCACUCACUGCCCCCAGCCCAGAUCUUGGGCAUCCAGAGUGGGCAGGGCACAGCCCGGGGCCAGGUGAAGUGCCCAAGGGGCAGUGUUGAGGGCAAGGGCGGGGGGCGGCCCCCUCCCACUGCCGAUGUGUCACAAAGCUCUGGAGAGAGUUCCCCCGAGAGUGCCCCUGGGGAAGGGGCCACCCCAAGUCUGAGUAGCCUGGAUGCUCCUGACAGGCCUCCCCAUGGGCACCAGGACUAUGGACAACAUCUUGAGAAGACCCCUGUAGCAGCCUCUGCAGAUGGCGGGGAUGGCCCCACCCGAGAGCUGGGGCCCCUUCCCUGUGCCUACAGUCAGCUCCCAGACCUGGAAGACGAGCUUUCACUCCUUGACCCCUUCCCCCGCUACCUGAAGUCCUGUCAGGACCUCAUCAUCCCGGAGCAGUGCCGCUGCACGGACAUACGGCCCAGGAGGGAGUACCCUCCUCCCAGCAGAGCAGCUUCCCCAGAAGCUCUUGCCCCCAGCAGCAGGGAGGCUGCUGACCUUGCCCCCAUUGGCACAGACCCUCAGCCUGGCCCUGGGCUCCCACCGGAUAUUUGUACUAAAGACUCAUUAGAGACACCUACAGAGGAGCCCCCAGAGAAGGGGAGCCCCUCAGAACCUCUGCAUCCUCAGGGACAGCCUGCCACCAGGCCCUCAAAGGAGGUCCCUGCCAGCCGGCUGGCCCAGCAGCUGCGUGAGGAGGGCUGGAACUUGCAGACCUCAGAGAGCCUCACACUGGCUGAAGUCUACCUCAUGAUGGGCAAACCAAGCAAGCUGCAGCUAGAGUAUGACUGGCUGGCCGUGCUGGGCCCUGAAGGCCAGUCACCUGCAGGCCAAGGACAGACUGCCCGCCCUGGCUCUCCGCCCUCUGCCCUCCACCAGCAACGCCUUCUGAACUGCCUCCUAAGGCUCAUCUCCACUGAAGUCCACCCUAAGCUGGCUCUGGAAACAAACAUGGCAUCCACAGCCUUAGUGAGACCUACCCAAGAGGAGCAGUCCACAACCCCCCCAGGGAAAGUGGUGACCAUCAGCUCCCGAAGCCCCCGCUGCCCUCGCAACCAGUCUGCCCUCCGCAGCAGCAAGACCUUCCCACCUGGCUCUGCACCUUGCUCCCCAGGUUUGAGAAAUCCCCCAAGGCCCCUGUUGGUGGCUGGUCCCUCUAGCACAGGCGGAAGUGACUCAGAUGGUGGCCUUUUUGCUGUUCCAACAACUUUGCCACCUAAUAGCCGACAUGGGAAACUCUUUUCUCCCAGUAAAGAAGCAGAGCUGACUUUCCGGCAGCACCUCGACUCCAUCAGUAUGCAGUCGGACUUCUUCUCACCAAAGCCCAAGAAACUGAGGAAACGGCACCUGCGGAAGCCAUUGGUGGUCCAGAGAACACUGCUCCCUAGACCAUCUGAAAACCAAUCCCACAACGUGUGCUCCUUCUCCAUCCUGUCUAACUCUCCCAUAGCUGGUAAAGGCUGGUUCCGACCCAUCCAGUCUUCUCUGACCAAAGCAGCUCUGUCUCGGCCUAUUGUGCCCAAGGUCCUUCCACCUCAGGCCACCAGUCAUCUAGCUAGUGCGAUCGACCUGGCAGCUCAAAGUGCUGGCAUCAUCCCUGGGAGCCCCCUGCCAGUCUUGGAUACUGAGGGCUCAUCUGGCAUCUCUGCAUUGUCUUCAGACGAGGUGACCCCUGCCAACUCAGGGCAGGACUCCAGUAGACCCCAUCAGAAUGGUGACUCCAUCCCUGCUGUGGGUGGCACGAGUGACCCAUUUAUUAGCGUCCCUCCAAGGCCAGAGCAGGAGCCAAUGGCAGAUGUUUUCCAGCAGGGUUCGUCUGUUCUCUCCUUACCCGAAUUGCCUAAGACUCCACUCCAGAAUGGCCUCUCCACAACUCUACCCUCAUCAGAGGGCUCCAGCACCCGGCUCUCCCCACCUAAUGUUUCCGCACUACUAGACAUCUCCCUGCCUGGCCCACCUGAGGACGUGCUCUCACAGGGAGAGCCUGCCACACAGAUCAGUGACUCCAUCAUUGAGAUUGCCAUCAGCUCUGGCCAGUAUGGUGAAGGAGUCCCUCUUUCUCCAGCAAAACUAAAUGGCAGUGACAGUUCCAAGAGUCUUCCCUCCCCGUCCAGCAGCCCCCAGCCCAACUGGAUUGCUUCCCCCACCCAUGACCCGCAAUGGUACCCCAGCGACUCAACAGACUCCUCACUCAGCAGCUUGUUCGCUAGCUUCAUCUCCCCAGAGAAGAGUCGGAAGAUGCUGCCGACCAGCUUGGGGGCCAGCAGUGCCACUUCCUUGCUUGGCCCCAGCUUGCUGGAUGGAAACUCACGGGACUCUUUUGUGUCCAGGUCGCUGGCUGAUGUCGCGGAGGUGGUGGAUUCCCAGCUGGUGUGCAUGAUGAAUGAGAACAGCAUUGAUUACAUAUCUAGGUUCAAUGACCUGGCCCAAGAGUUGUCCAUCGCUGAGCCUGGCCGCCGAGAGGUUCUGUUUGAUGGCAGUGGAGGUGGCCCCCCUGUUGGUGACCUCUCCCAGUGACUGUGCCUCGUGGAGAAGGCAUGCUGGAUGCUGGAGGUGUGAGAGUGGCCUGUAGGACUGGCUGUCUUCAUUGUGGCGGAUGAAACCUCUUCAAGUUAGAGAAAGCAAGUCAAGUCCAGAAUCCCCAGAAGACCGUUGGAACAAGGGAACCUCUGCAGCCCAGGAUGUGCAGCACACAGGAGCAGCUAGUCACAGCCCCAUCUCAACAGUCAGGGGCCAUCAUGUCCCGAGAGGCCAGGGUGAGCUCUGAGAAAGGUGGGCCUCAGAAACUGUAGUGGUGUGCAAGCCCUUCCUUGCUGUGCUGAGGGCCACAUGACAAUCCAACAUUCUGUGUUCAUGUGGAAUGGGCCUUACAGAGGGUUUCUCCCUGCAGAAGGCAAGUCUGGCACAGUCCUUGCUUCCUGGGAACUGUGAUAUCUGUUAUGCAGGGUGACUCCAGCCACUGUGGCUUUCUUUUUGACACCCUUUUUGCCACUUGGUCACCCUGCCUGUGGUGAUGCUGAGGGCACCCAGGCUACCACUGGAGACUACAAAACACUUCAUGGAUUCCCUGACCACAGAGCAGAGAAGGGUCCCAGGGCAGUGUAACCAAUGCCAUCUCCCCAGAAUAUCAACCCUUGCCUCAAGCUUUGCCCUUCCAGAGGCUUUGAUCUGUCUAGCGUAAUAGGAGGGGGAAAAGAAUCAUGUCUUAUGCAGGUUGUGUGGACUUUGUAUAGGGUCCUGCUAAGCUGGUUGAAAGUGUUUUUCUUGUGUUUUAAGAAUUAGGAGACAUGAACAAGGAAGAACAGAGUCCUCUGUUUAACUCGUAUCCUUCUUGUGUCCCCCGGCAAGUUCCCUGUAGACCUGAGAUGUUAUUUCUCUCUACAGGGCUGACCCCAAGCACUACUAUGACACAAAUAAGGCUUUCUCCUGAUCCAUUGUUGAACUUUUCAUGUUAAUGUUUGGCCUCUGAGACAGACCUGCCUUUGCAGGGACAGCUUUCUCUUUUUCAGAGCUGACUUUCCUUGCGUUGGCGUUGGCAUUGGCGCAGGGUACAACCAGCACAGGUGUUUAAUCCCUUGCUUGUGCCUUUGCUCCAAGUCUUCUGUUUCUUCCUCCUGUUGGGACCCAUGCAGAAUUCAGAUGUCAGGGAGUAGUGAGAGUUCUCGUCACUCUGGCCUUCUGGUGACUUCCUCCUGGAGUCUCACAGAGGCCUCUAGUUACUCCAGUGUUCAGUCUUUCCCCAGAAUGGUGCUAAUGAGGGCUAUUUUGCCUUCUCAGCCUCAGGAGGUUCAAGCACACAAAUCACCACCCAGCCCAAUCUAGCAUGGCUGGCAUCUGUGGCUGUGGUGCUGGUCAGGCAAUUCCCCUCUCACCUAGCUACCACAAUGAACCUGAAUGUGCCACCACCUCUGCUCCCCCACCUCUCCUCUUUCCCUACUCGUGUGGUGGGUCUUGAGACCCAUCCUUUCCCACCCCCAGCUUCUCUCCUCAUCUGCAACAAAAAGGGGAGGAAAGGCCUCUGAUCACACACUCUCAUUCUCACCAGCCCAUGAGACCACUCCAGACUGCAGGUGCUGAAGGAGGAAACAGGAGGACGGUGGCUGCAGGCAGCAACUGCCUUCCUUCACCUCCCAGGCUCCUCCUGCUGCUGGUGCCUGUGAGGAGGCUCACCGCCUAGCCCCAUCCCAACUUCCUGUGGACAGCAUCUUGGUCUGAGAAAAUGGUCUCACAACUCUGGAGGAAUGAGAAGAGGAGUGCACACUGUGUUAGGAGGUAGACCACAAUGUAGGAACCAGAGUGACUCCACCCUAGCUCGUGGUAGCCCACUGCUUACAUCCUUAUACUCCCAGUUGGGGCUAGAGAUACCAUGAAAGCUGACAGUGGCCCAGUGGUCACGAGAACUGCUUGGGUAAUCACAGUCCUGAGCUGUUUCUCACUAGGGGACACCUUGAGGCCUGUUACUUCAUGGCUUCUGAAAGGAGAACUCUGGAGAUUAAAAUCAGCUUUCCUAGGCCUCUGCUAUGUCCACUUCACCCACCUAGGCAGAAACUGCUUUGGGAGCCACAGACCACAGCUGUUGUCAUCACUGGUUGAGGGUGGAGUGGACUGACUUAUGUCCAACAGUGAAGCUGAAGGAAUCCAGAGGAUUCUGAAGCCUUCCUAACAGCCAGACAGGUACAUGGAUUUGUUUGCCAUGUUAAGGGCAAACAGUGUCAUUUGUAUCAGAGAAACAGGGGAUUCCUUUUCUCCUAGCCUAAAUGCAUAGAUACAAAAAUAGGCAGCUGUUUAAAAGCUGGAGUUUUCAAAAGACCCAGCAGAGAAGCCUCCCAGGCCCUGCAUCUUCCUCUGCUUUCCCAGCACAGUUAAGAUGGUCCAGUGAACCUGCGGCUUCCUUCGUGUAUUGGAGCACAUGUGUGAGAUGGGAUCAGUUUCUUAGAAAAAUCCUUCCCUACCUAAUCCUAAUGUCUGGGAGCUACUGGCUGGUUCAUUUUUUCUGAAGACUGAGACCGAGUGUCUCUGGGGUCAAGGAAGUUGGUGUCUGGCCUCGAUAUUUUUGGGAAUGCAGGGUGAUGACCAUUGCAAGAGUUAGAGGCAGGUAAAGUUCAUACAUCUUAGAGGGGUAGAGCACUUGCUCCAGCAGCGGAAGUUUUUGGUGGACAUUUCAUCAGUUGGUCACACUGGCUUCUCAGCAAUGAAAUUCUGUUCUUUCCUUUGGUGUGGUGGGAAGGUCUCUUUGGUUCAAUAGUAUGUAGAGUAGAGCUUGUUCUGAAAGACUCUGGAAACAAGCAAGGGGGAAACAUUUAUAUCUACUUUUUAAAACACAGGUCUGACAGAUGCGUUCAUGAGGAAAUACCGCACUUUGUCUUAAGAAAACAAAACUUUUUAAUGAACUCCCACAGCACACCUUUCCCAACUGUUGGUCUCCUGAUCUCCCAGUAACUCGUAGGUCACGUGAGGUCAGUCCAGUGUCGGAAGCACUACACCAACGCACCCCUUCUUCCUUGAGGGUCACUGGCUGGAGUGUGCAGCCAGGCCACAGAACUCAGUGCUGUUUGCUUUAAUAAUCGUUAAGCCAUAUCAUCUAAGGUUUCCGGCUUGUUUGAGAUGUGAAUUUGUUUUAUAGAUUAUAAAUAUACAUAUACAGUGUAUUAUAAAGCAAAAUGCCUGUCCUUCCUGAUUA